CCCACCCCACGAGCCGGAAGCCCGUCGUCACCGCCGGGCGGCCAAUGGCGAACCCCUGAUGUGUCCCCUGCUGCCGCGAGGCGCGAUUGGCCGGCUCGAGCCGCCGGCGCCGCAGAUUGGCCGGCGCCCGCCGGUUGGAUCCAUUCAAACGCGGCGCGGGCGCGAGCGACGGCGGCCGGCAGCGCUCAGUCCGCCAUGGCUUCGCAGAACGCUGACCCCGCCGCGCCGCCCGUCCGCAAGGGUCCCGAGCCCGGCCCCGGCCCCGCCCGCGGAUCCGUCGGCAAGAGGCUGCAGCACGAGCUCAUGACGCUGAUGAUGUCGGGGGACAAGGGUAUCUCGGCCUUCCCCGAGUCCGACAACCUGUUCAAGUGGAUCGGCACCAUCGAUGGCGGGGCCGGCACGGCCUACGAGGGGCUGCGCUACAAGCUGUCCCUGGAGUUCCCCAGCGGCUACCCCUACAACGCGCCGGCCGUGCGGUUCCUGACGCCCUGCUACCACCCCAAUGUGGACGCGCAGGGCAACAUCUGCCUGGACAUCCUCAAGGACAAGUGGUCGGCGCUGUACGACGUGCGCACCAUCCUGCUCUCCAUCCAGAGCCUGCUGGCAGAGCCCAACGUGGACAGCCCCCUGAACACGCAUGCGGCCGAGCUCUGGAAGAACCAAGCAGCCUUCCAGAAACACCUGCGGGAAGCAUACACCAAGCAGGCGAAGAGCCAGGAGACCUGACGCCCGCCCGCCCGUCCCUGUGUGUGUCUGGGUUUGUCCCCUGUAUCAUAGGCUGUCGUUAAGUUAAUUCUGUCGUCGUGCCCACGGUUAACAUAUAAAUAAACACACGUGUUUUU